GCCGCUGAUAACCGAGUAGCAGAAACUCGUCCCGGAUGGUGGCCGACUGAUCCCGGCCAAAGCUCACCACCGGCACCGGCACCGGCACCAUCGGCCCGGGCCACAAGACAGAAUGCGCCAGCGGCGUGUGGUGUGAAGCGUCGAAGAAGCAGGAGGGCUAAGACGAGUCGGGUUAUUGGUUUUAUUUAUUUAUUUUAUUAUUUUUUUUUAACGGCGACACCCACCCCCCACCCCCGCUGUCCCUAAAAAAUAAAAAAAGGGGUCAUUAUGUUGCAAGUGUUAGCUUGUGGUGCCGUAGUUUUCCCCGGCUUGUUCUUCGCCUUCAGGAAGAUCCUGCCCCGAGUGUUCAAGCAUUGGAGUGAUGCUGACGUGGUGCUCGUUAGCGAAAGAUUGGUGUCCUCCAUCCAUGCUGUCAUGGCAACUACAGCAGGAGUCGUCGUGGUGUCAUCGUGCAGGGGCAACGUCAUCGAUGACAGGCACUGGCUGGCCACCCACUUUGUCAUCUGGUACGGCGUGCCCUACAUGACGUACGACCUCCUGGCCAUGUACCUCAGCCACUACCACCGCUUCCGCGUCAAAGGUCAUGAGGAGUACAAGCACCAUUCCUUCGGGACGGUGCGCUCCUUUGUCCGGCGGGAGUUCCUGCUGGUGUUGCAUCACAUCGCGCUGCUCACCGUCCUGCUGCCCGUCACGCUGUUCUUCCGGAAGGACCAAGGCGAUUUCUUCAUCGGCUGCUUGUUUCUAACUGAGCUCAGCACGCCCUUCGUCUCCCUGGGGAAGAUACUCAUUCAGCUGGGCCUCCAGGAAGGUUGGCUGCACAAGUACAAUGGCGGCAUGGUGCUGCUCACCUUCUUCGCAUGCCGCAUCGCCCUCUUCCCCUACAUGUACUGGGCUUACGGCCGCCACUACAGCAUCCCACUCUACGCAGUGCCCUUCAACCUGUCGCUCGCCGCCAACCUGGGCAACUCGUGCAUCCUGGCGCCGCAGGUCUACUGGUUCGUCCUGCUGUGCCGAAAGGGUUACCGCCUGUACCAGCGCAGUCGGCGGCCACCCUCGCCGCCGGUUAAGGACCAGUGAUUUAUGGUCACUGUAGUCACACACUAACAUAACUACUGUACUUCUCAUAUUCCACCACCCACCAUUGUACUGUAGUCAAGGAGGACUGCCGGCGUUUCCCUCCCCCCCUCCCCCCGCACAAUUUCACCCUUCCAGUUUGGAAUCUGCUAACAGCGGACCUCACCUAAGAAACAACUACUGAUGUUUGGUGUUUCGAGCCCGGUCUGGGUGUGGAUCUCACUGACCGUUCACACCACCGAAAAGGAGGUCGAGCAAAUGCGUGAAGGACACAAUCGUUCUCCAUUUGGUGUGAAGGUCCGUUAGGGUGCGAGCGAGCGGCCGCUACGGCAGGUAUUUAUUUGGGUUGUUUUGUUUUUAAGAGUGGCGGCUCUUUCUCUUGUCCCCGCCCACUCACUUUAUCAAUACGUGUAUCAGUCGUUUGUUCCAUUUUCAAUUGGCUAUCCCAAAAUGAAAAAGUAACUUAAUUUUUUUUAUUUUAAUCAAACAUAAAAAAGAGACUUUUCAUGAUUCAACUGUGGGCUUGGGUCAAAAAUAAAAAUUUAAAUAACAUACCACAGGACUGAGUUUGAGUUUAAUAUUGUAGUGGUCGUGUUUAGGUGACCCAGAAUUUUGGUAACAAGCAUUAGAAUAGAAUAGAAUAGAAAGCCUUUACAGUCAAGCCGAAAAUAGAAUCGAAAGCAUUGAAUGUCUAGCCAAGAAUAGAAUCGCAAGCCUUUAUAGUCAUUGUACAGCUUCGUUCAAAUACCACAAAAUUAGGGUGCAGCUCCAAGUUUAUGUUAUUCAAGAAUAAAAAAUAGAAUAGAAAAUAAAUGACAUACUAUGAACAAUAAACUUAAAAGACUAAGUUAUGCAGUCCAAGUGGCAGUAAGACAUGCAUGUUGUAUGUACAGUAGCAGCGGAGUCAGGAAUGUUUUAAAGGUAAAAAGAAAAUGGUAAAGCUACAUCAGAAGUCACUGAUUUUGAAUGUUGUCUGUCUCUAGUUGCCCUGUGAUUGACUGAUGACCAAUCCAGGGUGUAGUCUUCCUUUUACAAGAAGUCAGCCAGUGGGAUAGGCUCCAGCUCACUGCGAUCCUGAACAGGAUACGCGGUAUAGAAAAGCAAUGGAUGGAAGAAGCUGCAUUAGCUUAUUAGCCGGCACAAUCAGUCAGCCAAGACAUAUACACGCAGUUUGUGUGUUAUUACACAAAGGUUAAAAGAAGAAUAGAAUGGAAAUAUUGCUGUUGAUUUCCAUUUUGGUCCUCUAAACAAUGCAUAAUUGUCCAUGUGAAUAUACUGCUGGUGGACUGUGUUCCGGACUGAUUGUGGUGGCUAACAAGUUAACUAACGCUAAGCUAACGUAUCUAAUACUUGUUACUGUCAAACUCAACCCUGGGGCCAUGAUUAUUAUUAUAUUUGUGAUCUGAGCCUUAAAUUAAAGGAUUAAAAAUCCAUAAUUUUUCAGAUUUAUUUAUUUUUUAUUAUUUUUUUUAUUUUUAUUGCCCGACUGUAAAUGGAAAAGACAAAUGAUACACACACAGAUUUUAAUCGCACAGAAGAGAGGUUCUCUGAAUAGUGAUAGGUAGGCAGUAUUAACUGGACACGAUGUAGCACGACCAUCUGUACCGUAUUAGCUCUGUAUGCUAAGUGCUUCUGGCGUCCAUAGAUUGUACAUGAAGGGUAGUUGAGUUUAACGCAAAUAAUCCACUGGAAAUAUAUAUAUAUAUAUAUAUAUAUAUAUAUAUAUAUAUAUAUAAAAAUAUGAAGUUUUCACUCUGCGGUAUGUCGGUGCCUCAGAGAUGAGCAAUAAGAUGAGCUAGCAUUAGCUGGUUAGCGUUAGCUGCCACCGGGGCUUCGAGGGCUUUAUACACGUUCAGGUUUUUAGAGAUUUACAUCAUCACAAAUAUAUCUUAACCUUUAAACUACUUGACACAAGAGGAAUCUAUUAUUCUCUUAAUCAAUUGCCCCUUUUACCCAGCCUAUAAAAGUCGGCAUUUUCCCAUCCCCCAUGUCGCUCUUCUCGAAUUAGGGUGGAUGAAGUCGGCUCGGCAGUAUUUCGCCUUUGAGGAACCAUCAGCGUGAAAACAGCAACAUGCUGCUCGCUGGGUUCCGCGUAAGAGGCACAUUUUGUAAUGGCUCUGAUGCGGGAUAUCCGCGUCAAAGAGGCUAGUAGCUACUGCUAACCAUAUCAGUGUGGAAUCCAAUUAUUAUUUUCAGAAGAAUGCUGCACGUUUGUUACACUUCCGAGACGCUUGGGUUCUAUCGUACACUGUAAAGCUUUAUAGACAACGAACUGUCUCAGAAUGCAUUCACACGCUUUGUAUUUCACCUUUUCCCCCCCAGAAAACUAGAAUCUAUGCAAAAAGACGCCCACGCUGUAUGUUUACAAAGCUGAUGUCGAGUUAAAUUGAUUUAAGUCUUGCCCAGUUUGGAAUAAUUUAGCUAUUUAUUUUUCAAUGUAAUUCCGCUCCUCUUAUCACGUUGCGUUCCACGUGAAACAUUGAAAAUAACUCUCAUUAAUAAUUCUUUGAACGCUGGUGACAGAAUUGUGAAGAAGAUGGCCGUCAAGUAGCCCUAGCCUUACUAGCCGCAAUUUAGAUUUUGUUUUGGUUUUCAAUAUCCCUCAACAUUAUUUUGCUUUGUACUUUUUGUCAGUAUUUAGAGCAUGUGGAAAAACAUAGCAGUAGGUAUAGUCGGGCAUGAAGUGGUGCUAAUAUUCAAAUGUAGAUGAAGUUGCAAAAGUACCCCCCCUCCGUUGUUCAAAAUGGCAUACUGCAGUUUGAAGUUUUUUUUUUUCGUUUUUUUUUUUUUGGUUUGUUUUUUUAAACUCAUCCGUUUCUUCAUUUUUACACAUCCAGUUCUUUGUUUGGAUUAGCAGCGCUAGGUGCGUAUUACAUGUGGAGGCUAUGCACAUUUUUAAUACUGACUGUAGUUCCGGUCUCUUGUUUUCAUCACUUUAUAUUAAAUACAGAAUCAAAUUUUACAGUUAAUUCACAAACAAACAGAUUAAACAAAUAAAAACAUGACACUUGAGAGCAAAAAAUAUGUACUUUAUUUGUACCCUGCAUUGUACAGCCAGCCUUUUGUCAAGCUAAUCCGAAAGGCCCUCAGCCGUUUAUUUAUUACAGCCGUUACAAAUAUCAUGGAUAUUUGUAUGAAUUAUUUUAAUCACCGACUUUAAAUCACAAAUCUUAAUUGUGACAGUUUACGAACUGUAUUGUUUCAUUUCGAUCGUCUUAAUUUGAUCCUAUUUGCUCAGGGUUUGAUGAAGAUAACUUAAUUAGGAAGUUAAUGGUGUAUAUCAUGGCACUGUGAUGACCACGCAGAUUAUAAAUUUAUCAUCACACAAUCUUGUACUACUUCCUAAUAUGUUAUUAUUCUAAUAUCUUUUUACUGGUUGGCAAACCAAAGACUGUAGGGCACUUUAGUUCAUCCUAGCAGCGUCAGUAAUGUGAAGAACACAAGUUUUUUGUCUUAAUAUAUCAGUAAACAUUCUCUUAAAACAUCUGCUACCCACACAUAAAUACAUUAUUCUUUCCAAAUUUAGGUGCUUUUUCUGGAUCCUUCCAUUAACACAUUGCAUAGCUUUUAUUUAUGUCAAAAUGAACAGGAAAAACAAUGUUACAGGCUUUGGGGCAGCUACUCGGAACACUACAGUGUGGGAUGGCGGCGCUAGGUGUUAGCAUUAGCAUGUAGUAAAAAUGAAUGAUUAUACCGGCGGUAAAGGUGGCACGCGGGCUAACUCUCGAUUAAUCUUCAGUCGUGAUAAGCUAACUUAAAUAAGAUGAUGCUAGGCAAGCUAAAUAGGGGCCUUUGCUGUAUUUUGUCAACUAAUUCUAACAUCCUGAUUAAUUAUCAAGCGCUUCAUUUUCGCAAUCAUCGCCUCAUUGCAAGUUCUUAGGUCUUAGUCUCCUCCGCGCUAAAAUGUUAGCAUUGCUGCCCACCUGAGUCAGCGUUUAUUUCGGUAGCAGCGCUAAUGUAAAUGGUGGAUUGUGUUCUUAUUGUGAUUUUCUUCGUUAUGUGCAAGGGUAAAAUGGCAACUGCGACUGUAUGCAAGUAACAAUUGUUGAGCACUUUGUCGUUUUAGCAAGGACCAGAUACCUAUAUGGAGACGUACAGGAGCGAGGGCUUGGUUGUUGCGGCUCUGUAGCCGAAGAACUUAAGUACUUUUAUGAAACGGUUUUCUUGAAUUGUUUUGUUUUGAUGCUGACUCACCAACCAGGGUGUAUAGUCUGUUCAAAGUAAUAAUUAUUCAAAGUGCAUUUUAUUGCAAUUGAACUCCCAAAUCUGAGGGGGGGAAAAAAAAUCAUUUACAUUUCCAUUCAUUUUAACAAAGCAGCGACAUUAUUUUUUUUUCUUCUUCUUCUGUUAUGAUGCGAAUGCAGAGCUAUUCUGAUAAAACAAUAAAUAAAUAACAAUUCCACAAUUAUUUGAGCUGUGAUGUGAUGCUGGGUGGAUUUUAAUCCAUGGACAGCGAACCAAAUUUGGUUCCCGGUGCCUUGUGAAAACAGGAAUUAAGUCGGCAGGUUGUGGCUCUGUUUAUUUUGCGUUACCACCAAAUCGUGGAUUAGAUAUGAAGUUGGCAAUCAUUUUGAAAACAUAUUUUUUAAAUAAAUGUAAUUCAUUUUUAAUUUGUGUUGCUUUACAGUUACCACUCGCAUCAAUACAACUGAUCAUGGUUAAUUUAUUUACAUUUAAGUUAAAUUUUAGGAUUUAUGGCCUUUUGAUGCAUCUGGUGUUUAUUUUAAUGAAUUGAAAGGAUAUAUACUGAAUAGAUCAGUGGUCUUACAUUUGUUUGCUGUGCUCCUGUUUGUUUGGACUAUUUGUAGCUUUCUGAGAUUUAACAUUUGUUUUCCGGACACUCUGGGUCUGUGAACGCACCACCGGCACAACCUUUUAACACUUUCUCCCAACCCUCGCUAUAUUUUUAAUAGCGUUCUAAUAUUUUCUUUCAUUUUCACGGGUAAAUAGCAGACUUUGAUGGCUUGGACCUUGUUUUGUAGCUUGAUAUUUUGGGUGACUGGAUUAUUUUAUGAAAAAAAAUAUGAAGAAAAAAAACUGAUGUGAGAACAUUUCAACUUGGGCACCCGUUUAAAAAUAAAAUCAAUAAACUUGAUAUUCUUUUCAA